CACUGAUUUCUACUCAUCCUCAAUCGAUGGCAGAUCCAUCUUCAAGGACGUGCAUGCGUAUGCAGCGAAAGCAACUGUAACUGUCCGCUCAGCCGAAAGUGGUCUGACCGGCGAGCAACCUACGGGCCUGACUUUGCUGCUUCCUGCUGACGAGCCUACACUCGCUGGUACCGUCCGCGUUCGUUUGCUUGAUCGUCCGAUCGAUCCGCGCAAGACUUGAUCGAGCUGCACAAGACUUCCUUUCUCUAUUUCUGAAGCAGGAAUCCGCUCAUCAUGACUUCGGCAGCAUCGUCAAGUCCGCAGGCAGGCGCCAUAGGUGCCUCGCUGUCCAACAUGCUCGACGAGGUUGAGGCCCAAUUCACCCUCAGCAAGGACAAGUUACUCGAACUAACGCACCACUUCUCCGAGCUCUACACAUAUGGACUGGGAGUAAAGGGCGCCGAUAUGCCGAUGAUUCCUUCCUUCGUCACGGGUCUUCCCGACGGGAAAGAGAAAGGCACAUUCCUGGCCAUGGACCUCGGCGGCACCAAUCUACGUGUUUGCGAAGUAAAGCUAAAAGGUGACCAUACAUUCGAGAUUCGGCAGCAAAAGUACCGGGUCUCUGAUGCGCUCAAGAAGGGACCUGUUGCGGAUCUGUUCGAAUACAUGGCCGAGAGCGUGGAACGCUUCUUGAAUGAAUUUGGAACCGAAACGGACGCUGGCGAAGAUGAAUUGCUGAUGGGAUUCACAUUCAGUUUUCCGGUCGAACAAACUACGAUCGACCGAGGUGCACUCCUCUUCUGGACAAAAGGAUUCAACUGCCCAGACGCGCCAGGCAAGGACGUGGUGCAGCUCCUUCAAAAUGCACUCGACAAGAAGCACAUCAAAGUGCGGGUUAACGCACUAGUCAAUGAUACCGUGGGCACCCUGCUCACCCGCAGCUACCAGACUGGAGGUGCGAUCCUGGGCGCCAUCUUUGGGACAGGUACCAAUGGCGCGUACUUGGAGAGCAUCGAGCGGAUCAAAAAGAUCAAGGUCUCAUCGCAAGGCCAGGCAGGGCCGACGCACAUGGUUAUUAACACCGAGUGGGGCAGCUUUGACAACGCGAGGACAGUUUUGCCUACAACUCAGUUUGACAACUUUGUCGACCGGACAGCUCUGAGGCAACGACAUCAUCUUUUCGAGAAGAUGAUCAGUGGGAUGUACCUCGGGGAGGUCGCGCGGGCAGUCAUUAUCUAUUUGAUCGACAAUCUGGUGCUUUUCUCCGGCUUCUCAUCGGCGACCUUGAAUACACAAUACGGCCUGGACACCGCUUACAUGUCCAUGAUCGAAGCGGACAUCGACAAUGGCAACCCGACGAGCGGCUCGAACGGCACGCGCGAGGUUCUGACACAGAAGCUGGGCCUGCGAGCCGAGCAUGUCUCGGAUGUGGAUGUCGAGACGGUCCGGCGCAUCGUCCGCUUCGUCGGGACGCGCGCGGCCAGGCUCAGCGCCACCGCCGUAGCUGGCACGCUGAUCCACACGGGCAACAUCCAGGACGAUGGUACGGGUAAGCAAGUCAAUGUCGGCGUCGACGGCUCCCUCGCAGAGCUCUACCCGCAUUUCGAGGAGCGCAUGCGUAUCGCGCUGAGGGACAUCGUCGGGGAAGACGCAGAGAAGCGCGUCAAGUUCGGUCUAGCAAAAGAUGGGAGUGGCGUCGGUGCGGCUUUGGGCGCGGCAGCAGCAAAGAAACAACGCACAGCUGGCCACAGAGUAGAAGCAAACUGAGCCAAAGAGUGCUCUUGCAUCUGGUCUUGCUGAUAUGCAGCUCGUAUCACUUUGUAUCAUUUGCGACAUAACCUGCUCCAAUUGCAAAAAGCAAGCAUCCGAGCAGCCAACAAUGAAAAAUGAG